AUCUUCAUUUCAUGUGAUAAUUUUGCCACAUUACAAGUUAAUUUGAUCUAAGAGAUGAAAUUGUCAUUUUAUUGGCCUAUCACUCACAUUAGUGAAUUAGGUGGUAAAAUGUUAUUUGUUAAUGAAAAACUGGGUAUGAUAAUAUAGUUUUUUAUAAUGAAGAAAAUAGCACAGAAAAGAAUAGUGGCAUCUAUAAAAGUAACCAAAUAACAAAGACAAAAAGAAAGAAAAAUUGAGAUUAAUUUAUUGACACCUCAGCACAUAUAAACAGACAUUUCUACAGUUUAUGAUAUCAGUUAACUAAAAGCUUAAUUUACAUUUUAUAUGGCCAAAAAGAAAGAGCGGGACUAAUUUAUUGACACCUCAGCACAUAUAAACAUACACUUUUACCAUUUAUGAUCUUAGUUAACUAAAACCUUAAUUUACAAUUUAUUUGGCCUUAAGGGACAUAGCUCCUUGACCCAAACAUUAAAAGCAAAUAUAAACUUUUUUCUAAAGCUAAACGAAUCGAGAAAAAAAAUUAAAUUAUGUAAAUUAAAAAUUUAAUAUUACUAUUAUAAAAAUUUCAAACUAAUAUUUUUGCAGAAUUUUUUAUAUUUUAAAACAGUAAAAAAACAAAAAAAAAACUGUAAAAUUUAAUAAAAAACAAAAAAAACACAGAUAUUACUGACUUUUUUUACAAAAGAAUUAUAAAAAUGAAAUUCCCAGUGAGGCAAAUAAUACAAGAAGUUGGGGUCGAGUUGGACUAUGGGCCUUUAAUGCCGUUUCCCGACAAGGAGGAAAUGGGCUUUUAUUUUUCUAAUUCGUGAAAAAAAAGAGAUAAAAGGAAAUCCAUUCGCACGUGAACGUUAGAGACUUCCCGCUUGUGAAUACAAAUUUAAAAAGAAAAAGAAAAAGAAAAACCUCUCUCGCCUCUGGCUCACUCUCAUUACUACCACAAAUCACAAAUUAAACACAGAAACGAAAAUGGAGACAGAUCUGUCGCUAAUUGAGAUCUCUGGCGAAGACGAUUCGCUUAUCCAGCAAUCCCCAAACGCCAACGUUUCUAUCUCCAACAGUCCCCACUCUUACUUCUCUUGUUCUCCUCUUCUCCGAAUCCCUAGAUCUACUACUACCUCAAUUCCUUCUCCAAUCGCUGAGGAGGAUACAAGCAAACCCAGCUGUUCAAAUUGUGAAGAUAGCAAUAGUAAUAUGAAUAAAGAGAAUGUUAAUCUCAACAAAGAAGAAGGCACUAAACUCAGCAUUGAGCCACAACAAAUGAAGAGAAAGAAAAAGGGUGGAGGUUACAAUCUCCGUAAAAGCUUAGCUUGGGAUAGAGCUUUCUUUACUGAAGAAGGUGUUUUGGAUCCAUUAGAAUUAUCAAUGCUUAGUGGGAAUCUUGGUAAAUCUAGUGGGGAGAUGUUGUCAGUUAUACAUGAAGGCAGAGAGUCACUAUCUGGUGAUUCACCUAAUAUGCAUACACCUAACAAUAAUUUAUUCAAGGAGUCGCCCUCAAAAACUCCAAAUCAAGGUAGAAAAGUUGCCGCCUUGUUGCCAAAGCUUGCUUCACCAGCUAGACAUAAAAUGGCCUCAGCUUCUGUGGCCAAGAGAAAGGUUCUUGCAACCCAUGAUAUUAAUAGAAGUGCUUCUAAGCGUAGUGGCUGUCCACUUCCACCUGCUCCGUCGUCUCUGAAACGGCCUUCUAGUAUAAACACCACAAAAGUGGUUAGCAAAGACUCGAGAGUUUCUAAACUAUCGGCUCCGAAGUCUGAUCCUCCAGUUGUUUCUACAUCUUCUCGAGGUUCCAUAACCAGUGGGGGCCGCCAAAACCACAAUGUUAUUUCUCAGCCAGGUAAUGCUCAGAGAAAUGUUGGAUUAAAGGGAAAUUCAAACAAUACAAAAACGACCAGAAAUGAUGCAAAAUCUAGUUCUGUUGGGAAAUUGAUUACAAGAUCCACUACUCUGCAAGCAAAAAGAAAUGUGGCAAAGGUCAGCUCAGUUCCAGAAAUACAUUCAUCUUCCAAUGUACAAAGCCAAACAAAAGUUAGCUUAGAAGCGGUGCCAGAUUCAGUAGUUCCAGUGACUCGUCCAGCAUAUGGCCCUGAUAGCAACACCAGAAAAAUUGCAGUUUCUUUCUCUCAAAAUGCUUGUUAUAAUGGUGCAAAUAUGCAGCCUACACAACCUCAAACAGCAAAACCUUCAGGCUUGCGAAUGCCAUCACCGUCACUGAGAUUCUUUGGUCAGUCAAAACUUUCUGAUUCACAUAGCUUGUUAGAGAGAAGCACUCAAGCCUGCAAUCUUGCCAACUCUAAUAUUCCUAAUUUUAGCAAAGCUGGUGCCUUAAAUCCUGUUCAGCAAAGGCCCCCACGACCAUCGGGGAAUAUACCUGUAUACUCGAGUACAGUACACUCUGUGGCAUCUACUGCUGCUGCCUCUAGUGGAAAGAUCAAAUCCAACUUGGGAUUGAAUAAUAGGCAGAAGGUGGCAUUGCAGCUGCAAUAUAACCCCAAAAGUUAUGAUACAGUAAAUCAUAAGCAGCAGCUGCACAACAUUUGUGAUGAUGUUCAUCAACAAUCUGUAGAUCACACUGAACCAUGUAAAAUUGAGAUGUCAUGCAUUGAGAAAGUAGGACUGCAGAGUUAUGAUAUUAAGUUUUCCUUACGAAGUGGUCCAUCUGAACAACUGGAAGCAGGUGGUGACAGAAGUGCUGUUAACGUUUGCCCCAAAAGUAGAAACUUUACUGGUGCUGGUUUAGACCUUUCUCAUUUUACAUCCCCUGUUAACCUCCCAGUGGAAGUUGAAGGUCUGUCUGAGAUAAAUAAUAUAGAUUUCGACCAACAUGUUGAAGACAGGCAAUACAAACCCUCUAUGAAUAAUCUCAACGCCUAUUCAGGUCAUUUAGGUGGUAUGCAUGAACCCGAGAGUCAGAAAGUGCAACAAGCUGAGCCGAUGGAGCCUGACACCUGUAUAUUUGAUCCAAUUUCUAUUGUGGAGAGCCAGAGGCUCAAUGGUACUUUGUUAGAGGAGAGCAGACCCUCUGAAGAGCUUAACAAAUACAGUAGUUCAAGCACUGCAGAUGUUCUUCUGGAAGUCAAAGAAGGUGGAGCUACUUCUUAUUGCUCAUCUCACUGUCCAAAUGUGGAGCCCACAAAAGAUGGCACUACUGUAAUUGAUUACUUGAAUAAGGAAUUACAUGCAGGAGAUGCACAAGUGUUGUCUGUAGAGGGUAAUCUGUUGGUUGGAAGUGGCAAGAGUGCAAUGAACACUUCAACAUUGGAAAAUUCAGACCUGAUGCUUAUUGGCGAUCCAAGUGAAAAAUCAGCAGAACAAGCUGAACUUCCAAAUCCCUGUUUUGUAACAGAACAAGUUUUUCAGGAUAAUCGUGGACCACUUUCUAAUGGCUGUUUAGUGCGUGGAAAAUGUUCUGAAGAUUCCCAGGAGCAAAAUGUCCUUCAGAAUCUGAAGCCUGUUGAAUUAAGAACCAAUGAUUGUGGAGAUGAAUUAGGAAGCCCUGAUGUUCUUUCUUCUAUUCCUGCUGUUACUCAAGAGUGUGGUUUUGAUGAAACUGGAAAGGUAGAGUACCUACAUGAGGAAAAUGCUCUAGUAGCUUUUGCAGACCGUGAGCAAGCGGCUGAGAAAUUCAGCCAUGAUGUUAAGCUCUGUGGUGAAGCUAACACUUUAGCAUUGGAAAGGAUGAACAAAAGUGAUAUGAUUGGAGCGGCCAUCACUGACAAUGUUGAGGUGAAUAAUAUUUAUCCAAACAGAGGAGAUUUGUGUGGGAGCAAACUUGAAAAUCCCCAUUUCACGAACCAAAUUAGCCCCAUCAUGCAAGUUAAGGUUGCUUCUACCAUGGCCAAUGAGAGUGAGAGCGAAGGUGCAAUAGAUAAACAAUUUGAGAAGAAUUUAAUUCCCUUCUCUGAUUCACAGCCAGAGAAUGAUGCUUGUUAUAGUUACAGGGGAACUGACAUACUGCAUAGUAAUUGCUCCACUGGCAUACAUGAUGUGAAAGAAGAGACUGCAGAGCACGAUAAGCUGAGAAAUGUUUGUUCUCAUGAAGCUGAACAGGUGAAUCAGCAUCAGGUGUUUGAUGACCUCGUAAGUGACAAAAGCAUAUCCUUCCAAGAUGUCAGUGCAAUUGGUGGAAGUAGAUCUGAAAUUCCUCAGAGUCCAGAGAUGUGUGAAAGCACGGAAAAUGAACUUGCUGGAUUUGCUAACUCAAAAGAAACACUUAUGGAAGAUGCACUAGAGCAAUCCUUAGAUGAGAGUUCAUUGGCUGAUAAGAAGCAAGAUGCCCUUGCUAUGAAGCCUCCAUCAAAUGCUGUUCCUUUUUCAGAUGAAUGGUUAGCUGCUUUUGAAGCUGCUGGAGAGGAAAUUUUAGCCAGAAAAGGUGGUGCUGUACAAAAUUCACCUCCAGACAAGUCUCUACCUGAACCUAGUCCUUGGUCCCCGGUAAGGCGGAAAAACAACCAGGGAAUAGGACCAUAUGACUGCACAAAAUUUACUAACACCACCAACCCAUCUUCCACUUCCAGUUGAGGAGACAGGUUUUCAGCAAACAGUCAAGGGAUCUUACCAUUGGAAUGUACAAUGUAUACUGACACGAAUAGCCCUGAUCUCUCGCAAUCGAGAAAAUAUUUCAGCUAAUCAUUCUUUUCACUACUAAUGCUACGGACCCAUUGACCAGACAGAUAAUAAGAUUCAAUCAAAAUGCUCUUUUCUUGUCACUGUUAUAUCUUAGACAAACACCACCAAAUUUCUUCUGUUCUUUCUUACUUAUUCCGGUUAUCCAGUAUGGUAAACUAAGUGUACAUCUACAACGGAUGCAAUUUUUUUUUGACCUCCAGAUGAUGAUGUAUACUUGAGAAGUGCUUGUCGAGAUUCUAGAGAAACUAUUACCAUUUUGCAAAUAGUAGUUGUAGUUUGGCUCUAGUUGUAAAUGUAGUUGAUGCAAACAGUAUCAAAUGGUUAUCAUGGACAUAUUGGAUGGUGGUAUGAAUGUUAUAGUGCGCUA